AUAUAACAGUGUUGAAACUGAUAAUGGAAAAUACGAAAGUAUUGGAAGGCGGAAUAACGAUGUUUGGGAAGGCGGAGAUCGAUACGAGAGCUCCAUUUAGUUCAGUAAAAGAAGCUGUCAUGUUGUUUGGAGAAAGACUUCUUGCUGGAGAGCUCUACUCUGCUAACAAGCUUAAACAGAAGAAGGAUGGAUCAUCAAGUGAGGACGACAGUGACUCGUAUGAUAUUGGAACAGUAACUACAGAGCUACAAGAGACAAAGCAAAGACUAGAAAAAGCACGAGAGGAAAGAUUUGUAAUGGUUACUUGUCUCUCUUCUUUAGAAGAAGAACUUGAACGCACAAGAAAAGAGCUUGAGAAUCUAAAAUUCGAGCAACAAUCCAAAGAACAAGUUAUGGUAUCAGAAAUUGAAGACCUCAAGUUUAUAGAGAAUUCACAAAUUAUGGCAAAUGAAAACGUUGAGUUUCAAAAGAAAAGAUAUGUGACAUUUGUAAAUCCUCCGACUUUAAACGGAAUUGUAAUUCCAUUACAAAGACAUCCUUCUCUCGAGAAGAAGAAGAAGAAGAAAAUCCCUCUUAUUCCUCUUAUAGGAGGAAUUUUUUCUAGGAAGAAAGGGAGUAAUUCUGAUAUUCAAUCAGCACGAGUUUAAAACGAACAAACUAAUAUGCAAAUCACGAGGAGUAAGGCAAUUCAAAACUAUAUAUAGCCGAUAAAUUUUCAAUAAUUUUGUUUAAAAUCACAGUGUGAAUUUUUUUUUUUUUUUUGGAAAAU